AAAAGCCUUGUUGUUGUAUUUCACCAAACUUUAUUUAUUCCAGCGGCUGUAAUCUCGCGGUGCUACCAUGCAGACAUUUUGCAUCUUAUUAAACGUGGUCCCUGUGGCUUUUUGAAGUAAUUUGAUAAACGUCGGCGUCCCGGUUGGUGCGGGAUUUUGCCGUUCUUUGGUCGGACAGCUCUUCAGGUGAUAGACGGAGCCGGACCUGCCGAACCGGCGGACUAUCAACGCUUUCUGAGGCCGUGCUUUGUGUUGUUUUUUGUCGGUGCAGGAAACAUGGCGACUCCCGCCGCUGUGAACCCGUCCGAGAUGGGCAGUGAACUGCCGGGGACCGUAGCAAUGCCAGGGGCAGUCGGAGCAGGACAGGUGAGGAUGGCUGGAGCAGCACCAGGCCGCGGGGGCAAAAGGAGAUCAGCGGGGAUGGACUUUGAUGAUGAGGACGGGGAGGGACCCAGCAAGUUUUCAAGAGAGAACCACAGUGAGAUCGAGCGACGCCGGCGCAACAAGAUGACGCAGUACAUCACUGAGCUGUCUGACAUGGUCCCCACCUGCAGCGCCCUGGCCCGCAAACCCGAUAAGCUCACCAUCUUACGCAUGGCCGUGUCCCACAUGAAGUCCAUGAGGGGGACUGGCAACACGUCCACAGACGGAGCUUAUAAACCCUCGUUUCUGACGGAACAGGAACUGAAGCAUUUGAUCCUGGAGGCGGCGGAUGGUUUCCUGUUUGUGGUGGCAGCUGAGACAGGCCGGGUGAUAUACGUGUCAGACUCUGUGACACCAGUGUUGAACCAUCCCCAGUCAGAGUGGUUUGGCAGCACUCUGUAUGAGCAGGUCCACCCUGAUGAUGUAGACAAGCUGAGGGAGCAGCUCAGCACCUCCGAAAACUCCAUGACAGGGCGGAUUCUGGAUUUGAAGACGGGGACAGUGAAGAAGGAAGGACAGCAGUCCUCCAUGAGGAUGUGCAUGGGUUCCCGCCGCUCCUUCAUCUGCCGCAUGAGGUGUGGCAGCGCUCCUCUGGAUCACAUCUCUCUGAACCGCCUGUCCAACAUGAGGAAGAGAUACAGGAAUGGACUCGGGCCGUCAAAGGAGGGUGAGGCUCAGUACUCUGUGGUGCACUGUACUGGAUACAUCAAAGCCUGGCCCCCUGCAGGUAUGACUAUACCAGAGGAAGACUCAGAGGCUGGACAGACCGGGAAGUACUGCCUGGUGGCCAUUGGCAGACUGCAGGUGACCAGCUCUCCAGUCUCCAUGGACAUGAACGGUCUGUCAGUGCCCACUGAGUUCCUGUCACGUCAUAACUCUGACGGUAUCAUCACGUUUGUCGACCCUCGCUGCAUCAACGUUAUCGGCUAUCAGCCUCAGGACUUGUUGGGAAAAGACAUCGUGGAGUUCUGUCAUCCUGAGGACCAGAGUCACCUGAGAGAAAGCUUCCAGCAGGUGGUGAAGUUGAAGGGUCAGGUUCUCUCCGUGAUGUAUCGGUUCCGUAUGAAGAACAGAGAAUGGAUGUUGAUCCGGACCAGCAGCUUCACCUUCCAGAACCCGUACUCUGACGAGAUUGAAUAUAUCAUCUGCACAAACACCAAUGUCAAACAGCUGCAGCAGCAACAGGCAGAGCUGGAGGUUCACCAGCGAGACGGGCUGACGGCCUACGACCUCUCCCAGGUGCCCGUGGCCAGCGUCAGCAGUGGAGUUCAUGAGGCGGGGAAAAACCUGGACAAACCUGAAGCGCUGUUCUCUCAGGAGAGAGACCCACGCUUUGCUGAGAUGUACAGCAGCAUCUCUGGCUCUGGAGAUAAGAAGAUGAUGGUUCCUUCCUCAACAGCUGGAGGCCAGCAGCUCUACUCCCAGAGUUCCCCCUUCCAGCAGGGACAUUCGGCCAAAAGCUUCAGCUCGUCUGUGAUCCACGUCCCAGGAGUCAAUGACAUUCAGCCAUCAGGAUCCUCCAAUCAGAAUUUAGCUCAGAUAUCCAGACAGCUCAACCCGAGUCAGGUGUCAUGGUCUGGCACCCGCCCCCCCUUUUCCGGACAGUCUAGUAAAACUCAGUCCAGUCCAUUUGGUAUUGGUUCUGGCCACACCUACCAGAGUGACCCGGCUUCCUACAGUCCACUCUCGUCCCCGGCCACAUCCUCCCCGAGUGGCAAUGCCUACUCAGGACUGACAAACCGCAGCACAGCUUUCGAUGUGUCCGGAGAGAGCACUCAGAGCGGGGCCCAGUUCCAGGGCCGUCCUAGUGAGGUUUGGUCCCAGUGGCAGAACCAGCAUCACUCCCAGCAGACCGGGGAGCAGCACACACACCCCAACCCCAGUCAGACGGAGGUCUUCCAGGACAUGUUGCCCAUGGCUGGAGAUCCAACCCAAGGAACAGCCAACUACAACAUCGAGGACUUUGCUGACCUCGGCAUGUUCCCGCCCUUCUCUGAGUAGACCCACCCCCUGCCCUGCCCCAUUUCAUGCCUUCCACAGAUGGGAGUAGAAGAAGAAUGGACUGAUGUUUGCAUUCAUCUUUCAGAAUUCAUCUUCUGUCUCAUGUUUCCAUGUUGCUCGAUGACACACACUUGUGCGCAGCAGCACACUGUGUGAGUGUACACGUGUCCUUCAGUGUGCACACACACACACAGAUGUGCAGCCUGUAGCCUGACCUCAUUGGUCCAUUGAGGACAAGUAUCUGCUCUCUGAUUGAUCACACUGCUGGACAGUUAGCUUCACAUGUUAGCUUUAGCCUCUGAGCUGCUUGUUGUCAUGACAUUUAUGUGAACAUAGAACACUCGUGAACUUUGGUCCUACAUGAAAAAUGAAACAUCCAAAGCUAAACAAAGAUUAGAAAUUUGAAAUGUUAACUGUUACCAAGUGCCGGUUGGCUCUGCGUCUGUCAGCUCAAAGUCUGUUCCAUGUUUACACAUCAAAAUAUGAGCUAAAAAUGCGUCAAGAUUCUGGGUCUAAUUUUCUGUGAUUCCAGACAAUAAGCACUGAACUCUGUGAGCUUUCUAAAAUGCUGUGCAUUUAAUUUACUGAGAAUAAUCAGAAGUCAAAAAAUAACCGUGCCUUGAAAAUGGUUUGAGGUGCAAGGUGUGUGUCAGAAGCCCAGGUUCAGCACUGCUGCCGUGGAAAGUACCCCCACAAAUAUAGAUUUCAAUUUUAUUCUUUUAAGUUCCUCUGCUGGAAAUGGACUCGAAAUGUCUGUUCCUUGUCUGUGUACUGUGGUAAGCUUUGAUUUCCUGAAUAAAUAUAUUUAUUACUAAUAUUAUUAAACUGUUAACUUAAAGAAUUGAUCUUCAAAGGUGAGUUCUGACUGGUGUUCAUAUAUUCUUUUCACAUUGACAUUACUGGAGGUGACGUGACAGAAUGAGCAUCACAUGGAUUUGUGUGCUUUUUAUUUGUAGGUGGAGCUGUCCAAGGCACAGGUGCUGAACAGCAGCUUCUUCUGUGUGUGUGUAUACACAGUCCACACUGGGUCGUUUGGCACGCUGCUACUCAAAGUGCAAAAUACAGAUGCUCUCACACCCCUGAAAUGUCAUUCUGGCUUGAUAAAUCGCAUUGCAUUUGCCAAAUUAAGUGAUUUCAUGUUGUCCAUCCUGUAUUUUGUGCAUUUGGAUGGACACACCCCAAAUUACAUUUUAAUUAGGACAAACAUAUUAAAUGGACAAUGUUAUUUUAUGGAGACAUACCUUUAAUAAAUCAGGCCUCGGGUGUGUUAAUGACGUCCUGUGUAGAGAAUGAAGCAGCACUCCCUCUGUGCUCUGAGCUUUUCCAGAAAUACCUCCAAAAAUCGCAGUUAGAGGCUAAAAAUGUCGUUGACCAAGAAUGGACUCAGACUGGAAUCCGCAUUUAUUUGGCUUUACCCACAGAGACAACCAUUAGACCUGUUCAAAGACUCCACCUGCUCUUCCUUCUGCUUGAUGCAGAGGAAACUUGGUUGUAGAGGGAUGGCUGAGGAGAAAAUUUUUCUUUGUCCUGAAUUGUAACACUAAUGUAACAUCUAGUGGCAGAAAAACCUUUAACACGUGAUGCCAACCGCUGUGUCUGUGACGAUAAACACAGACUCUGGCCGCUGCUUUUGUGACAAUGACAGUAGACCCAGACCGCUGUGUCCGUGACAAUGACCGCAGAUGCCAUACACUGUCAGUGACGAUGACUGCAGACCCUGACUGCUGUGUCUAACGAUGACCGCAGACGCCGUAUACUGCGUAAAUGACUAUGAACCUGACCGCUGCGUCCGUGACGAUGACCACACUUGGCGUACGCUGCGUCAGUGAUGACUGCAGACACGAUCACUGUGUGACGAUGACCACAGACGUCGAUUGCUGCAUCAGUGACAACGACCGCUGUGUGGUUUUGUAUAUAACAGUAAUAAUAAUGAUGAGCCGUUGGUCAGCAUCGUUGUCAUUGUUACUGUGAUUGCUGCAUGCAGUGGAAUCAAUUGGACUGAAGAUGAUUUUGCCUUUUUGUACGUUGGACUAAUUGUGUUUGCAGUGUGUAAUUUCUGAGACAUUGCAGGCGUUGGGUCUGGACCCAGUGUCAGUGGACUCUGAUCAGAACAUAUUUGCAUUGUGAGGUUUCUAAAUGUCCAAAGCUCCCAGUAGGAUGUCCAGCAGUGUUUCCACAGAGCUCCUACAUGUGGUGAUGUCAUCGACGCCAUUAGCCAUGAAGGAUUGUAUCUACAAAUGAUGAAUAAGUGAAUAAAAGUGUUGCUAAGGUGUAAAGCUAACUGCUAACCGCAAAUCUCACCAGCCUGCUUUAAAAAGGGAAAAAGCAAAGUGCAGUAUUUACUUGUCUCUUUGGUGUAUUUCUGACUUUGAUUCAAACACUUUAUAAGGAGAAUCUUCAACGUCGGACUCAUUUUGUUUUUGUACAUAAUGUGGGGUGGUUUUGUUUUUUGUCGUCAUCGUGUAGCGCUUACUGACUGUGCAAUGUGAGGACGUAUUUAACUGUUUAGUCUGAUAAAUGUACAUUUAGACUUGUAUAAAUCGUGUAAAUGUGCUUCUUAUUUUUGUGUAACUGUGCUUGUGACAAUAAAUUUGGACUGCUUAACGUGGCUU